CAGUGGGAGAAGAGAGUAGAUGAGCAGCCACCAUCUGCAAGCCUGUGUGGAAUGAAAGAAAGUGAAUAUUUGUAAUAAGAAAACACUGUACUCUAGUGUUUGUUGAGUUGAAUCACUCAGCUGUAUUGACUUUUUAAGUAGAUAUGAUGGGAAUUGCUUCUUUUGAUAUCAUGAACUGGAAAGAAGGAACAUUCGUGCCAUUUAUCAUUACUCCAUAAGCUUCAGAUAGUUCGUCACUGAAGCAUCAAGCCCUGUUUUAUUUGGUGGGGACAUAGGGGCCGAACUGAAUUGGGUAAUUUAUUAAUCAUAUUUUAAGGGUCUCUCUCUACUAUUUAUUCUCUUUGUUUACUUGAACUAAUGGUAACGUGUUUCCUCAUGUGAUUUAUAAUCUCUUUUUACUAUGAACUUCGGUUCCUUUGCUCCUUAUCUGUAGGAAUUCAGUGAUGUUUAGCAUCAGGCUAUAUUCCUUCAGAAAGAACUUAUUUUUAACAUAUGUCAGGUACUUGGGAGCACUCCACCUAUUUGGGAUCAUUUUACAUUAAUUUCUCUGCUUGAGUUUAUUAAUUUUUUUUUCUGUUUGUUUACUUACUUUGCAUGUAAUAUGAAUUUCAUCCACAAACCUGAGUGCAUUCUAACCUGUGGUUGGAAAUCAUCAAGGAAUAUUCUCCCCCUUCUCCCCAAAAUUGAAUGGAAAUAAACAAGUUUGCAUAUUUAUAUCUGGCCUAAUUAACCAAGGAAAAGUUGAAGCAUUUGAAAAAAUGUUGUGGAGGGUCUGCAAAGGGUACACCAUUGUGACCUAUGCAGAGCUGGAUGAGCCCCUGGAAGACCCUGAAACAGGAGAAGUCAUAAAAUGGUAUGUGUUUUUGAUAUCCUUUUGGGGAGAACAGAUUGGCCACAAGGUUAAGAAGAUAUGUGAUUGUUACCACUGCCACGUUUACCCCUACCCGAACACAGCUGAGGAGCGCAGAGAGAUCCAGGAGGGACUGAAUACCCGGAUUCAAGAUCUUUACACCGUGCUUCACAAAACCGAGGACUAUUUAAGGCAAGUGCUGUGUAAAGCCGCCGAAUCAGUCUACAGCCGCGUGAUCCAGGUGAAGAAGAUGAAAGCCAUUUACCACAUGCUGAACAUGUGCAGCUUCGAUGUGACCAAUAAGUGCCUCAUUGCGGAGGUCUGGUGUCCUGAGGCUGAUUUGCACGAGCUGCGAAGGGCGCUGGAGGAGGGCUCGAGAGAGAGCGGUGGUACGAUCCCCUCAUUCAUGAACACAAUCCCAACAAAAGAAACUCCCCCAACUCUGAUCCGCACCAACAAAUUCACCGAGGGGUUUCAGAACAUCGUGGAUGCCUACGGGGUUGGGAGCUACCAAGAAGUGAACCCAGCUCUCUUCACCAUCAUCACUUUCCCCUUUUUAUUUGCCGUGAUGUUUGGAGACUUUGGACAUGGUUUUGUGAUGUUCUUAUUUGCCCUCCUGUUGGUGUUAAACGAAAAUCAUCCCAGACUAAAUCAGUCACAAGAGAUCAUGCGGAUGUUCUUCAAUGGUCGCUAUAUCCUCCUGCUGAUGGGGCUGUUCUCCGUGUACACGGGCCUCAUCUACAACGACUGCUUUUCCAAGUCAGUCAACCUCUUUGGCUCCAGGUGGAACGUGUCUGCCAUGUACAGCUCCAGUCACAGCCCAGAGGAGCAGAAGAAGAUGGUGCUUUGGAAUGACAGCAUCGUCAGGCACCACAGUGUGUUGCAGUUGGAUCCCAGUAUUCCCGGAGUGUUCCGAGGCCCUUACCCUUUUGGCAUUGAUCCCAUUUGGAACUUGGCCACGAAUCGUCUCACUUUUCUAAACUCUUUCAAAAUGAAGAUGUCUGUGAUUUUAGGGAUUACUCACAUGACUUUUGGAGUCAUUCUGGGAAUAUUUAACCACUUGCAUUUCAGGAAGAAGUUCAAUAUUUAUCUGGUUUCCAUACCAGAACUGCUGUUCAUGCUCUGCAUCUUUGGAUACCUUAUAUUUAUGAUCAUCUAUAAGUGGCUGGUUUUUUCAGCUGAAACCUCCAGAACUGCUCCUAGCAUUCUGAUUGAAUUUAUCAGCAUGUUUUUAUUCCUGGCUAGUGACACAAGUGGUUUUUACCCAGGGCAGGAGCACAUCCAGAGGCUGCUGCUGGCCGUCACGGUGUUGUCAGUUCCCGUGCUUUUCUUGGGAAAACCACUCUUCCUGCUGUGGCUACACAAGGGGCGCAGUUGUCUCGGGGUCGGCAGGAGUGGCUACACACUUGUAAGGAAAGAUAGCGAGGAGGAAAUUUCUUUGCUGGGAGGCCAAGACAUAGAAGAGGGGAACAACCAAAUGGAAGAUGGAUGCAGAGAAGUGAUGUGUGAAGAGUUUGAUUUUGGAGAAAUAUUAAUGACCCAAAUAAUUCAUUCCAUCGAGUACUGUCUGGGAUGCAUCUCCAACACUGCUUCGUACCUGAGGCUCUGGGCACUCAGUUUGGCUCACGCACAGUUGUCUGAGGUCCUGUGGGCCAUGCUGAUGCACGUCGGCCUCCGGGUAGACACAACCUACGGGGUCUUGGUGCUGCUCCCAGUGAUCGCUCUCUUUGCAGUAUUGACAAUUUUCAUCCUUUUGAUCAUGGAAGGGCUUUCUGCAUUUCUUCAUGCCAUCCGCCUCCACUGGGUAGAAUUUCAGAACAAAUUCUACAUUGGUGCAGGCACCAAAUUUGUUCCUUUCUCAUUCAGAUUACUUUCUUCGAAGUUCAGUGAUGACCUGGCGUGAUCAUAUUGCAGUAUCCAACAAGCUUUCAGAUUUAUGGAGAAUUAUCAUGUUGUAGAAUUCCUUAUGUUAAAUUGAUGAUAGGAAAAAUUCCAUCUUCAUUAAUUGCCUUAUGAGAUAGCCAAAUCUGUAAGAUAUACCUCUUCCUCAUAUGUUAAAUAUUUUGUAAACUUUCUCAAUUUCAGAUAUAUAAAUUUCUUUCAGUUUUUAUGAUGAGCAAAUGUAAGUUCAUGCAAAAGUUAUGUUAUGGUUGUUUUUUAAAAAUACAGGCGUGGGAGAGAGAAGCUAAUUUUGAAUGGCGAAUUGAAAAUAGUCUUAGGUAUUUGAUUCCUUUUCAUUUUAUUAAAAAAAAAAAAAAAGCCAGACUUAUUCUGUCACCUGAAGUUGUCAGAUAAUAUUUUCCAACAGCUGAAGCUAAGUAGUUUAAAAAAAAUUUAAUGACGGAUAACAGAAGAUUCACAUUUAUUAUAUUUUGCUUAAUUAAAAGUAUACAAACUUUUUUAUUGUAUGCUAUCUAGAAUUACAAGUAGAAUUGUUUCUACAGUUUUGUCUUGUUUUAAUAAUUGGAGAAAAUGGGAUAAAAUAACAUGCAACAAAAUGGUUAUCCUACUUGUAUAUUUUUUUAAAGACUUUUAUCCUGUUAUCCUUACAUAAAACCAAUUAUGAUAAUUGUAUAUUUGAGAAGAUAAACUGUGUACUGAGCCUUAAAAUCCAGUGUGACUUUAGAAGACAUAAUAUGGAUAUCUGAAUCCAGUUGGCUGAUGUUCCUGAACCAAAAAGGGUUUAUACUAAGUGAAGAAGGAAAGGUAAAAAGUAGUAUUUUGUAUAUUUUUAUAAUAAAAUAUAAAUUAAGAUAUUUUACCAUGAAGAGGUCGCACCUGUCCUUCAGAACAGUAUAAUUAUAAUGUUCCACUUACAGACUAAUUCUAAAUAAAUGUCUGAUAAAGGCACUUAGAGUUAAACUUUUAAAAGCUACUAAGAUCAGUUGAAAACCAAUUCUUACUAAGCCAUUAAUGUAUAAUCUUCAGUUUAAAUUCAUCUUUUUACUUGACAUUUGAGUCAGUCCAGUUGAACAUUUUUAUCUGUCCUGUGUUCUUAUAAGUUAUGUUCAUUUUUCAUAUUUUACUGUAACGGGUUUUAGAUAUUUAUUUUCAAAAAGAAACCUGCAGUGUUUUCCCUUUCUUAACAUUUUGAGUAAUUCACAUGAAGAGACCUGCUUGUCUCCUUCACCCUGGCUGGUAGGAGAGAGUUUGGGACUUUCAUUACAAGCUAAGAUCAUGGUGGCCCUGAAUUUAAGUGUUUAAUCUUUCCAGGUGAUUUCAAGGCCUGUUUGCUGAGGGGCAUGAAUUGAACAUCAUGACAUAACUGUGACUCUAACAUUAAACCUUUUUAAUUGUAGUCAAGAUUACAUGCUACUCCUCCAUGAGAUAUUGUCCGUCAUCUUAAAAUAUGAUACAAAGUGAUACUGAUGAAACUUAAAAAUGAUUCUGCUCUCAAUGUUAAAUUUCCCCAGAAAGAUAAAAGGUUAGACAUUUCUGUUGGGUGAAUACAAAAUGUGGUUAAUACCUUGCAGGCUCAGACUUGUCUCUCACCACUUUACCUUUAUCAGGGCAUAGAAGAGAGAGUGAAGAGUCACUUUUCAGUUGAAACCUAUGUAGUAGUUCUGUAGAAUGUAACGAUAUUAUUAAACACAAAUUGUUAGUUCUAAUUUUUGUGAAAGAACUCUCAAGAAUUAGAGUUUGAUGACAUCUUGCAGGCUUCAGGGUAAAUUUUCUUUCUUUAUAUAGUUACUGGUUCUAAUGUCAUGUUACCAGAGCUGUUGCUCUGUUUUGUUUGCAAGUGAUUUGGUAGAAGUAUUAUGUAUACGGUUGUUAAGAUGUAACUUCCUUCCUGUGAUAGCAAACUUCCAGAGGAAAAACCAUCAAUUGUCUGGAUGAUGCCAAGUAUCUGUUUAUUUCACCAACUCAAAAUGUCACUACUGCCACAUUCUCCACUUUCCAUUCAGCUGUUCAUUCUAAAAUAAAAAUCCCAGGGAUUUCUUCAGUAAAAUAGAGGUUGAUUUUGCCCUGCAAGGAUGAAGAAGGUCCUUGUAGUGGUGUGAUCGUGCUGAAUCAAGGAGUGCAAAGAGGGUUUGUUGGAGGUCAUGCUGAGCCUUGGACUGGCCAUUCUUCAUAGGUAGGACUUUUAGGGGAGUCACCUUUCACUGAAAGCUCCUCGGUCCUCAUUACGGAAUGAGUAUUUUACAACACUCUGAUCUCAGUUUUCAUUCUGCAGUAGUUAAGGCAUAGAUUGUGUAUAGCAUUAGGUAACUUUUAUGUUUACAAAUUAAAAAUUCAGACACUUUAGGGCCUGAUUCAUUUUGGAAGAGAAAUAACAACAUCAACUGUUCCUCAGCCUGCAUUUACAAACAACCUUAUUAAAUUUAAAGCCAGGUUUGCUUGCAUGCCAUCUGGUGUAACUAAGCAAGAAAUCUUAGUUCAAGAUGAUGAAAAUAAGACAGUUUGGAGUGAUAAUUUUUCAACACCCAGGCUGAACUUUGGUUUAGAAUUUUAAUACUUAGAACAUUCCACUUGUUCCUUGAUGUGAAAAUCCAGUAAGAAGGCUAGAUUCAGCCCAAUUCUGAAUCUAGGGGCUCAAUUCUGUUAGGGGAAAGGACUGAACAAGUUAAAAAGAUCCACAAAUGCGCAUAUGAAAGGACAAAUUUGCAUCUUCCUAUCAGUAUUCAACUUCCCUUUACUAAUGAAAAAUAAAUAUAUUUUUGAGAUGG